UAACAUCUUUUUUAAUGAAUUAUUAAUUGUUUUAUUGAUUGAUUUUUCUAGCUAUAAGUUAAAUGGCAUCGAAAUGGUAUAAUCUCGCUGUAAAGAAAACAGAUUUACAACUCUUAGGUACUCUAAACGGUGGUCAAAGUUUUAGAUGGAAAUUGGAUAAUUCCGGAAAUAAAGAACAAUGGAUAGGAAUUUUUGAUCAUAAAUUGUGGAUUUUAGAGCAAGAAAAUGAUGCAAUUAAGUAUCAAGUUUACGGAGAUGAGGAAAAUGUUAAUGAAAAUGAAAAGGAGUAUUCAAAAUUAUUGAAGAAUUAUUUUAAUUUAGAUAUUAAUUUGCAAGAGUAUUACAAACAAUGGUCAGACGCUGAUCCGUAUUUUAAAAAGGCUUCAAAACAGUUUUAUGGGAUUAGAAUUUUGAAACAGGAUAUUACUGAAAAUAUAUUUUCAUUUAUUUGUUCGUCUAAUAAUAAUAUUUCCAGAAUAACCUCGAUGAUUGAAAAACUUGCAACCUUUUAUGGCAACAAAAUUUGCACAUUAAAUGAUACAACAUAUUAUAGUUUUCCCACAAUUAAUAAUUUAUGUGUUGAAAACGUCGAAAAAAAAUUAUCAGAAAACGGUUUCGGGUACAGAGCUAAAUACAUAAGCAAAACUGCAAAAUUUAUAAAUGAAAAUGGAGGUGAUUUAUGGUUAGAAAAAUUAAAAGAAAUGAAAUAUAUGGAUGCCAGAAAGAAUCUUAUGAAUUUAAGUGGUGUUGGCCCAAAAGUAGCUGACUGUAUAUGUUUAAUGUCUUUAGGACACCUUGAAGCUGUUCCUGUUGAUACUCAUGUUUAUCAAAUUGCCACUCGUUUAUAUUUACCAAAACUGGGGAAUAAAAAAACUGUUACUGAAAAGGUUUAUCAAGAAAUUGGGGAAUGUUUUAGGAAUAUGUAUGGUCCUUUAGCUGGAUGGGCACAUACAAUUUUAUUUUGUGCCGAUUUAAAGAAAUUCCAACAAAAUCAAGAUGAAAACUCUGAACCGAUAACUAAACGCAAAAAGAAAUAGAAAUAUGCUCGUUUUUUUUUAUAUCCAUUUGUUUAUUUUUAAUUAAGCAAGUU